CUUACAACAAAAAUUCCUCAAUUUCCAUUGAAAAUGCCAAGAAUCCAAGAACAAAAGCCUCAUGUUGUCAUGCUUCCAUUCCUGGCCCAAGGCCAUAUCAUUCCAAUGGUGGAUCUUGCCAAGCUGCUAGCCAAGCGCGGUGUGACCAUCUCCAUUUUAACCACCCCCGUCAAUGCCGCCCGGUUUCAGUCAGUCAUCGAUCGUGCAAUCGGCACUGGACUCGACAUUCAUGUUCGCCACCUCAAAUUUCCAUGUUCUGAAGUCGGGCUUCCUGAUGGUUGUGAGAGUUUCGACUUGCUCACCUCCAAUGAUGAUGUAAUGAAAAUCUUCAAAGCUAUAGACAUGCUGAAAGAUCAGGUUGAAGAAUCGCUCCGGCAACUGAAGCCCUCUCCGAACUGCUUAAUUGCUGAUGCGUGUUUUCCCAGCUGGGCCACGAAGGUUCCUCUAAAGUUGAACAUUCCAAGAACUCUAUUUUAUGCAAGUAAUUGUUUUUCUCAACUAUGCAAGCAAAUCCUACACACCUGCAAAGAAUUAGAAGCUGUGACUUCUGAUACUGAGUAUUUUGUGAUGCCUCGCUUUCCUGAUAGAAUUGAAUUAACCAAAGCUCAGAUCAGAGGCGCUCUGAGUAAUCCGAAUUUUGAAUGGGAUGAUUUUUGGAAUGAAAUGCGAGCGGCUGAGGAAAGAGCAUUUGGAUCAGUAUUUGCCAAUACUUUUGAAGAGCUGGAAUCUGAAUACGUCAAAAUAUACAAGAAAGACACAGGAAAAAGAGCCUGGGGUGUUGGUCCUGUUUCCUUAUGCAACGAAGAUUACUCAGACAAGAUUGAAAGAGGCAACAAUGUCCACGUAGCUGAAAACAAGCGCUGCCUGGAAUGGCUCGAUUCCAAGGAACCAGGCUCCGUUGUUUACGUUUGCCUCGGCAGUCAGUUCAUCCCGGCUACUUUACAACUAAUCGAGCUCGCCUUAGGGUUGGAAUCUUCAAAUAAACCCUUCAUUUGGGUUCUCAAAAAUGCAUCUGAAGAAUCCGAAAAAUGGCUUUUGGAAGAAAAAUUCGAGGAAAGGAUCAAGGAUAGAGGCCUCUUGAUCCGUGGCUGGGCCCCCCAAAUGCUGAUACUUCCUCAUCCGUCUAUCGGAGCAUUCUUGACACACUGUGGAGGGAACUCGAUGCUUGAAGCAAUAGCGGCCGGCGUGCCGAUGAUAACAUGGCCGAUUUUCGCGGACCAUUUUUGCAAUGAGAAGUUGAUUGUGGAAGUAUCAAAGAUAGGAUUAAGACUUGGUGUUGAAAAACCUGUAUUCUUGGAAGAUCCUGAUGAGGUGACAGUGCAGGUUAAGAAGGAUGAGAUUAAGAGGGUUAUUGAGAAGUUGACGGAGGAGGGCGAAGAAGCGAAUGAGAUGAGAAAACGAGCGAAAGAGCUCCGGGAAACAGCGAAAAAGGCAGUGGAGAAAGGGGGCUCUUCUUACGUUAAUGUGACUUCACUCAUACAAGAUGCCGUGGCGGAGCAAGCAAGAUUAGGAGGUCGUCAUGAAUAA